AUUUGACAGCGAGGGUUGUUGUCAGAACAUUCACAACAAGGUAGAUGCUGAAAGAAUAAAUGCAGCAAUCGAAAGGAAUUCACGGCAACUCUACAGAAGAAAAAGUGUUUUGAUCUCAUUUAGCGUUAAUAUUUUUGCCGCAAGAGUAUUGAUUCAACGCCGAAUACAUGUUUUUGUCGCUACCUUUCAAAGCGCCUAAGGAUUUGUUUUCAGCCAGCAAUACCUACAGUAAGCUGUCUAGCUAACUAGCUAGCUAGCUGGGUACCUCAAUGGCCAAGUGUCUCUGAUUCUAAUAAACUGGCUGGCUGGCUAGCUUGCAAGUUAGCUGGCUAGCUGGCUAGCUAAUGUUUCCGACUGAGUGUAAUGGAAACCGGUAACAACGUUAGCUAUUUAGCUUAAAUGCUACACAAGUGCAUCAAAAUAAGUUGAACGUGUAUUAAUUAGCCUAGCUAGUUUACUAGCCUCGACGCUUGGAAGAAUGAGUAGAAAACAUCAUAAUUUCAAAGGAGCAGAAGUAAGCUGCUGUGUGAAAUACUUUUUGUUUGCAUUUAACAUCCUAUUUUGGUUACUUGGAGCUUCGUUCCUUGCAAUAGGACUGUGGGCAUGGGCGGAAAAGGGGGUGCUGUCCAACCUGUCGUCCAUCACAGACCUGGGGGGUUUCGACCCCGUGUGGCUCUUCAUGGUGGUGGGUGCGGUCAUGUUCGUCCUGGGAUUCGCCGGGUGCAUCGGAGCGCUCCGGGAGAACACCUUCCUGCUCAAGUUUUUCUCCGUGUUCCUGGGCCUGAUCUUCUUCCUGGAGCUGACGGCCGGCAUCCUGGCCUUCGUCUUCAAGGACUGGAUCAAGGACCAGCUCAACCUCUUCAUCAACAACAACGUCAAGGCCUACCGGGACGACAUCGACCUGCAGAACCUCAUCGAUUUCUCCCAGGAAUACUGGUCCUGCUGUGGAGCUCACGGGCCCAACGACUGGAACCUGAACAUCUACUUCAACUGUACUGAGCUCAACCCCAGCAGGGAACGCUGUGGAGUGCCCUUCUCCUGCUGCCUGAAGGAUCCGGCUGAGGACGUCCUGAACACACAGUGUGGCUAUGACGUCAGGCUUCAAGGGGAGCUGGAUCAGCAGAAGUAUAUCUACACAAAGGGCUGCGUGGGCCAGUUUGAAAAGUGGCUUCAGGAUAACCUCAUUGUGGUGGCUGGAAUGUUUGUGGGCGUUGCACUUUUACAGAUCUUCGGGAUCUGCCUGGCCCAGAACCUGGUGAGCGACGUCAAAGCCGUCAAGGCCAACUGGUGAUGUGGUCAGGCUGAGGAGAUGGAACCCCAUGCUGCCAAGCCCCCCCCCCCCCCCCCCCAUCCAUCCAUCCCUCCCUCUAAUAGUUCAUAGACUCCUAAGAGCACUUGUUUACCGUCUUGCCAGGCAAGGGUUUACACAAACACACACACAACCACAGGAGCCCUGUGGAUGUCUUAUUAAGCCAACUGGAGAAUCAGACUCCAUUUCUAGAUCUUUCUUUGAUUCCCGUCUUCAGUGAGGUGUGUUGUUGGACAGCUACCAGACCAGAAGAAAAUGGAUCAGGCCUCUCAUCUGAGUUCAUGAGUAGCAUAGCAGCUUCAUUCCUCUCUAAGGUAUUUAACAAGCCGUUCUGAAAUGCCUUUAAGGUCUGGUUCUUAAGGUCUACCCCACCCCAGGAUGAAGAGAGAUGGGUUCUGGCUGCCUAGCUUGCUCACUGAGUCGUUUGAUGUCGUAUUGACCUUGUAUGAUGUAUACACCACUAAGAAACAAUCUGGUAGGCAUGAAGCCACUUCUGCUAAACCCCCUUGCCAGAGAACAGGAGCCAGCUAUUGUACAUCUCUUCUACCAGACCAGGAGGGAACAUUCCUAUUUAAGAAUUCCAGAUGUGUGUUGAUUUCCUUUUUUUUUGUUUUCGUUGACUUGGAAAUGUUUUUAGCCGAGGGCCCCAUUGUUGUCUCACGUCAGAGAGGUGUCGCACUAUGAUGACAUCAUGGUAUCACCUGGGUGGGCGGGCGCGGGGUGGGAGGGGA